ACAAGUCAAGGAAGAAAGGAAAGAGGCACACGCUUCCUUUUUAUAUAUUGGGCAUCACACAUCAUCAGUAACAAAACAAAAAUCCUUUCACAAUUCAUCAGUCUUCCAUAAUGGAGAAAAUCAGGAGAGCAUCGCAUGCUGGUUCAUGGUACACUGAUAAUCCCCAAAAGCUGGAAGAAGAGCUUGAUGGGUGGUUGAGAGCAUGUGGUUUGGCUAAGUCUUCCGAUGUACGGGGUGUGAUUGCACCUCAUGCAGGCUAUUCGUAUUCAGGUCGUGCAGCAGCAUUUGCAUUUGGAAACAUAGACCCAGCAAACAUUUCUCGUGUGUUCCUUCUUGGCCCAUCACACCACUAUUACACUCCAAAAUGUGCACUUUCAAGAGCCACAGUUUACAAGACUCCAAUAGGAGACUUACCUAUUGAUAUGGAAGUCAUUGAGGAGUUGAAAGCUACUGGGAAGUUUGAAUCUAUGGACCUUCAUGUUGAUGAGGCUGAGCACAGCAUGGAAAUGCACCUGCCUUAUCUUGCUAAAGUUUUUCGCGGGUAUGAGGUGAAAGUCGUUCCUAUUUUGGUUGGCGCUCUUAGUGCUGAAAACGAAGCCAUGUAUGGACAAUUGCUGGCAAAAUAUGUCGAUGAUCCAAAAAAUUUCUUUUCCGUAUCUUCAGAUUUUUGUCAUUGGGGUUCACGGUUCCGUUACACAUAUUAUGACAAAACACACGGAGAAAUUUACAAAUCAAUCGAGGCGCUGGAUAAAAUGGGUAUGGACAUAAUAGAAACGGGUGAUCCGGAUGCAUUUAAACAGUAUUUGUUGGAGACUGACAACACCAUUUGCGGACGCCAUCCAAUUAGUGUUUUCCUCCAUAUGUCAAAGAACUGUUCGACAAAGAUAAAGAUUAAAUUCGUUCGUUAUGAGCAAUCGAGUCAGUGCAAAAACAUGAGAGACAGUAGUGUGAGCUAUGCAUCAGCAGCAGCGACCAAGGUUGAUGGUUGAACUUGCAAGAACAUUAUAUGCUGCAACCUAUGAUAUGAAUGUUAACAUGACAAUGUUAUCUCUAACAUAUAUAUCCUUGUUAUGGAUUGAUUCCUUGUCAAUAAUGCUGACUGAUGAAUCCCCUUUGUUUUCCUUAUUUUGAUUGUGCUUUGUGCUAUGCUCCUUACCAUCUUCACUGAUGUUUGCAUGCCUUUUGUUCAUGCAAAUAGUUUGUGCCUUACUA